AUGAUACUGAGUCAAAUUUCUUAUCUGGACUGCAUAGCUUUCCUCGUCUUUCUCGCUCCCCAAUUGUUAGUCCAGAUCGGGCUCCUGCCACUCUUGACAUGGCUGAUACCAGCUUUGCCAUCUCUGGCUCCCAAAGCCGUCGCCAUACCGUACCAGUUCAUUCGUGAACGCUUCUUCGUAUCACAUCAACAUCGUGCCCCUUUCGUGCAGAAGGCAACGCCUUUCCAGGACUUGGUCAUCCGUUUCGUUCGCUAUGCAUUCGCCAACAUGCCCGCCUUUCUGGGGCGUGUCUUUUUUUCCAAAGCCGUGUCACUCCCUUUCUUGAGGUUUCGUAUGCUGAGACACGGCAUCGUCACCAGUCCUAUCAGGUGGACUGAGAUUAAAAGGCCAAACUUUAGAGGUGUAUGGAUAGUGCACAACCAGCAAGAGCAGCCAGAUGUAAUUGUAUACUAUUGUCAUGGAGGUGGCUUUUCCAUGGGGAGUAGUUUCUUCUAUAUGGAGUUUCUACUCGCUUGGGUUGCAAUGCUCAAGAACGCUGGGUACAGCAAUCCGGCUCUAUUCGCUUUGGAAUACACGCUCGUCCCAGACGCUACAUACCCUACCCAACUCCACGAGACGGUCGCAGGCUACGAAUACGUUCUAUCGCUAGCUCAAUCUUCAGUUCGUGUCGUCGUGGGUGGAGACUCUGCGGGCGCAACCCUCAUCUUGAGCUUUCUGCUAUACAUGUCUGACCACACGGACUUGCGACAUCAGAAACCUGGCCUUGCCAUCAUGAUCAGCCCGUGGGUCACGAUUCUAUCGCGCGAAAAUCGAAACACAGAAUCCGACUAUCUCAACAGUUCAUCGUUGGAGCUAUACGGCCGUCAAUACAUCGGCAGCAAGGUGUCAGCAGAUGAUCCAAUCGUUUCACCCGGAACGUGCAGAGAUUUGAAUAAGUGGAGAGAGGCUAGUCCUGAACAAGGAUGGUAUUUCCUGUAUGGUAGUGAAGAAGUGCUUGGGCCGGAGACAAGGCGCCUGAUCAGCUUAUUGGAAAAGACCGGAAAAGAGGUAGACAGCUGGGAAGAGCCGGGAGGUAUUCAUGCAUGGCCUGUUGCAAGCUUAUACCUUGGGGAGACGAGAGAGGCCAGACUGAGUGGUCUGAAGAGUAUUGUAGAAGCGAUCAAGAACAGGAUACAUUCAUGA